AUGAAUACAUGUGAAUUUUACUAUAUUAGACGACAAGAUAAUUUACCAAUACAAGCAAAAGGUAUCGAAAAAUCAUGGCCCGAACUUCAGCAAGAGUUUGGUCACACUGGUCCAGGUUAUCCGGGUGCAACUUAUUAUAAAACAAUCAGCUCCGAAGGACCUGAAUUAUUUGCUGUUGUCAAUAAAAGAUGGGUGCUAUAUCAUGAAAGAGAUAAAUGGUAUCGAUAUAUUACAGCAUGUGAUUUAAAAUUUGAAACAAUACAAUACGAUAGAUUGACUUCUAAUCAAUCGAUCGAUGAACAAGACGAUAAAUCAUGGGUUAUAGUUUCAGAGAAAGAUUGUGAUACAGAACUAGCUGAUAUGUAA